AUGAAGAUAAUGACGAGGUAUAGGAACAAUAAUUUGUUUCUAAUGUCUCUAAUAAGUUUUUUUUCAGCAUGCACCCUGUUACUUUUGUUGCUUUUCCAAGAAAGUGAAUGCAAUAAAGUUCAUGCAAAUGAUUUCCGUCAUGUUGUUGAAGCAGCAAGAGAAUCUAAUAAAAAAAAGAGAAAACUUACUAAAUUUGAUAAUACGAUCAUUGGAGAAAUUAAAAAAGAGUUAGAACUUUCGAUAGAAAAUGAAGAUACUUUUUACAAACGUCCAGAAAAUAUUAAGGAAUACAACACGAAAAACAACACAUUUGUCAAGUUAUGGCUAUCCGAUAUUGAUUUAAGAUACAGUGGAUCACUUGUUUUUGGUGGAGAUAUUUCUACCGUAAAAAGCCAAAAAACCUCUGAAGAAGGACAGGAAGAAUUUGAAAUAAAUAAGAUCAUCGAAGAAAAUAGAUUAUUAGACAAGUUAAAUUUACUAAGGCAGCAGGAUGUAGAAGUUACUGGUUUGGGAGAAGUAUCCCAAUUUGAUGAACUUACAAGAAAAAAAAUACUUGCAUCUGGUAUUCUAAUUGUUCCUCAUAAAUCCGAUGACCAUCUAAAGUCAGAAACUCAAAAAGAAGUAACAAAUAAGAUUGCUACUGUGCCUGUUGAACUAGAAGAAGAAGAUGAUGACACCAUAACUUUAAUCACUCCAAAACAACAGAUAACAGCAUUGGAAAUUCUAACAGGGAAUAAAUUGAUUCAUACUAUACAAUUAAAUAUGGAAGUUGAUGAAACUGUAACUGAAUCUAACAAUUUGAUAGAAUCUAAUGCGAGUCCUGAAUAUGAAGAAAAGGAUUUUCUUGAGUGUGUUGAAAUAAAAAAGAAUUUGAUACAAAAGAUAGGUAAACUGAAGUUAGAAAAUGCAAAUUUGAGUUUGCAUGCACAAAAACUUAAAAACAAAGAAAGAAAGACGAAAGAAUAUGGAAAUGUUCUGGAAAAUAUAGAAAAAAAUAAAGAAAGCUUACACAAUCACAAUAUCGAAUUGCUCAAGAUUGAAAGGAGAAUUCAACAACUCUCUGCAGAAGACAGAAUGGAAGAUAGAAAUCCAUUGGAAGAAAAAAAUGAAGUACUUCAAGAGAAAGAAGCAGCUUUGAGGAAAAAAGAGAGAAGAAAAGUAAUUAUUAAUGCCAUAUUGGAAGAAGCUAAAAGAAGGAAAUUGAUUGAACAGAAAAAUAAAGAAUCAAAGCGACUUAUAGAAGAAAAUGAACAUAAUGAAAAAAACGAUAUAGAAAAAAAAAGCGCUGAAUCUGAAGAAGCUACAAAACCUAAGGGAAAACAUCAAGAUUUGGGGACUGAAGAGAUCAGAAAGAUUGCAAAAAUGUUGGUCUGGUUACAAGAAAAUGACUCUAAGACUUUAGCAAGCAUUGAUACUAGAAAAGAAAGAGGAGCUUCAGCCAUUAAAAGCCUCAACAAGUUGUAUAUUUCAGAUAAGCAAAAUUUCCACAAAGUCGCCGAAAAGAUUAAGAACAAUUUUGAAGAAAAGGUUUAUGAAAAAAACCAACAAAAAAACGCCAACAAAGAAAACAGCCCAAAAAAAUAA